CAACUAUGCCCAGUCUCAGGCCAACCUCGUCGAAUAUGACAUCAACCAAUCAAAUCAUCAAACCAUCCCUCAUGCACUAAUACUAUUAAUCCCGCCUCCCUCUCUCUCUCCUCAACGUCAGUCCAUCCAUCAUCUACAAUCAAAGUCAAAGGCAAUAAGAGAUAUAAAGUGCUCAUAUCAAACCGACUGCAUACAGUGCUCCUUAAAUCACACUAAAAUGGCCCAACCCAAGUCCAGGACUUCCCUCUACGUUGGUCUCGCCGCUGCGGGUGGUGUCGGUUACUACCUAUACACGGCAGGAGGAAGCCCAAAGGUUGCGGAGAAGAAAUUUCAAAGCGAUGUUGCUGAAGCUCAAUCAAAGAUCAAGUCGGAAAUCCCAGGACGAGAGAACGAAGCAAAGAAGAAUGGCGAGAAGUGGGCAGCUGAGGCCGGUGCCAAAAUCGAUAAUGCUACCGACAAGGCUCGUGAGGAACUGUCAAAAGCCGAAGGUAAAUUGGACCAAUACCGCAAAGAGGCUGGUGCCAAGAUCGAUGAGACAGACAGGAAGAUCGAGGAGGGUGUUUCAAAGACCAAGAGUGGAAUCUCUAGCUGGUUUGGCGGGAAAUAAGUUAUCUAUGUCAAG